AUGGAAGAGACACCUGUGGUCAUAGACAAUGGCUCCUAUGAGAUCAAGUUUGGUCUUGCCAACCAAGACGAGCCUCACAGGGCCUUAAACUGUAUCGCAAGAGACAAGUAUGGUAAUUUUCACCUCUCGAAUCAAGUCAAUGCAAUCAAAGACAUCUCAUCGGUAGCGUUUAAGAGGCCACAUGAGUUGGGACAGCUUGUAUCUUGGGAACUAGAGAAUCAAGUAUGGGAUUACUGCUUCUAUAACCCAGAAGACUUCAAUGGGUGGUCUUUGGACUCAACUCGAGGGAAACAUCUGGUAACUUCAGAGAGCUGCAUGACUAUACCUGAACUAAGCAAGAAUAUGGACCAAGUUGUUUUCGAAGAAUGCGAAUUCACUAGUAUGUUUAAAGCUCCGGUACCGACUUUCGUCCCUUUCUCUGUCAACGACAAAACGACUAGUGUACUUCAGGCCAAGAGCGAUUCCAGCGGCAGUAACAGCAACAAUCAAAACGAUAUAUUGGAGUGGGCACAAACAGAAGAAGCUCAUGACUACAACAAUUUCCACCUGGUGAUCGAUUCUGGGUUUAACUGUACGUGGAUCGUACCUGUAAUCAAAGGAGUUCCAUAUUACAAGGCAGUGAAAAAACUGGAUAUUGGUGGUCGGUUUUUGAACGGAUUUCUGCGGGAGACACUUUCGUUUCGGCACUAUAAUGUAAUGGACGAAACUAUUUUGGUCGAUAAUAUAAAGGAAAACUGUCUUUUCAUGAGCCCGCAUUCUUAUUUCGAUAGUUUUCAAUCCAAGUCGGAAACAGCCAAGGAAUAUGUUCUCCCGGAUUUCAACACCAGUUUCAAAGGAUAUCUAAGGAAGCCUGGGCAGAAGCUACCUGAAGAUUCGCAAACCAUCGUUUUGGAGGAUGAACUGUUUUCUAUCCCUGAGACUUUUCUACACCCUGAGAUUGCGUCUCUGCUGAGCCCCGGAAUCAUUGAAACGAUACUGGAAAGCGUUUCCAUGCUCCCAGAAGCGCUUCGGCCACUUAUGGUCGGAAACAUCACCGUAACGGGAGGAAACUUCAACAUCCCAAAUUUUGCAUCGCGACUAGCUACAGAACUGCAGCGACAGUGCCCGACCGACUGGUCUUGCCGAGUAUUUGUUCCGCGCGGCAAUAAUGCUACGUUUGGAUGGCAAUGCAUGAAGCAGUUUUCAGGCACUCAAAGUUAUUUAGACUCGCGGGUUACAAGAGACGAGUAUUACGAGCAUGGCGUAGAAUGGUGUACAGCAAAGAGGUUCGGAUACCAGGCUUGGCUGUAG